AUGGCUCGACUCAAUCGAGCACCGCCAGCGGUGUUGGAGAUCCGGGAAGAUUCUGACGCUGACACCCACACGAAGACCCAGAAGCCUCUGGCAACGAGGCGGAAAAACACCACCACCACGUCUACGAGCUCAAGCACAGCCAGCGGACGGACAUUAAGACCGUUGGGUACAAUGCGGAGCCUUCCUGGGGCGAAUACCAAUGCCAAUAAAAAUGCCACUGCCAACUCCAACCCAAAAUCACAACGCGAUGAAGAUGAAGACGAAGACGACGAUGAUGACAGCUCCCCUCGUGCUCCCACACAAACACGAAGAAUGCGUCAGCGACGACAAUUGGGACACCGCCGUUCCAAUUCGCUUCUCAUGCCGUUUCCGGCAGCGACUCAUAGGUAUGAUGGGCUGACGGCUGGGAAGGGCUGGGGGGAUGUGGAGAAUGCACCGUCGCCGGGGGAGUGGGAGGAAUAUAAACAUGGGGUUUGGGAGGAAGGGGGGGGAAAGGAAACGGAGGGGAGGAAAGGGGAUGUACGGGGGACUGGGGAGGGGGGUGUGAAGGGGGUAAAGGGUGGGGAGGCUAGGGGGAAGCAUGCGUGGAGGGAGGCUGGGGGGAUUGGGUCGGAGAGUGAAGAAGAUGGGAAUGAGGAAGAAGAAAACGAGGACGAAAGUGAUGAUGAAUUUGACUCCCUGGAUGAUUUUAUUGUUGGGGAUGAUGAGGAUAUCAGUUACUUUGAGGAGUCGUCGUGUCAGGAGGAUAGUGAUGAAGAGGAUGAGGAAGAAGUGUCCAACAGACGCCGCAUGUCUCCCAGGAAGCUUUUUAGGGGAACAAGGCCCACAUCCACAACAGCAAAAGGCACAGGGACUGGUGGAAAUAACACCAAUUACAGCACUACUUAUUGUGACUGCAGUACAGCUACAGUGAAUGCAAAUGUGGCUACGGAUGGGGGUGUGUCAAAUGAAUCUAACAAACCACAACCAUCACCCCCUUUGUUUGAGAACAGCAGGAACGGAGAGAAUGGCGAUGCUAGUGAGGAAUCAGGAAUUCUAUCUGUUCCAAAAAGCUUCGACAUGAAGCCCCCUCCAGCGUCUCCUACAAAGUCAAACUCACCAAAGAAGCGCGGGGAUAUUGAUCCCAAAGCUCCUGGAGACAAUAUGGAAGGCUCUCCGCCUAACUCUCGAUCGCCCUUCUACAAUCCAGAAGACCCAGGAAAAGUCCAGAGUGGAGCGAACUUCAUAACUCCUCCAUCCAGCCCUUCAAAGCCUCGUCUCCAAUCUCCUUCCAAAACCAAAUAUCGCAUCCCACCAACCCCCCAUCGACCCAGCAUAGACGCUUUUUGGAGCCAAGAUAUCAUCAACUCGUGGAAUGACCAGUACUCCCCACGAAAAACGAAGACAGGUUUGCGAAAAUACCAGCCCUUCUCGGAUGACGAAGAUUACGAUGGUGAUCAGGGAAUGGCAGGCAGGAGCAGCGGGUCAAGUUCACCAACUUCAUCUCCUCAAAAGAGUCCUAUCAAAGGUUCCCCGGUGAAGAAAUCCUCAGUCGCAGCAACUGCUGCUGCACAGCGGGCACUUGCUGUUAAGAAGAAAGAAUUCGAUCAAAAGAAGGAUGCCAUGGCGGAGGAGUUUCUCAAAGCACUCGAUGAUUGUGUUACGGGUGGUGAAAUUCAGAAACUUGCCGCAGCUGCUGGUGGGGUGAAGAUUGUGUGGAGCAAGAAACUUAAUACCACAGCCGGGAGGGCGAAUUGGAAACGUGAAAUGCUCAAACGGGACAGGUUACCUGCCCAGCCCACGCAUCAAGCGACAGCUUCAUGGCUGUCAGCUUCCGGACACGGAGACAAUGCUCCCAAUGCUCCUCCCAAUGGCAGCAGCAAAGCAGCACCUAACGCUUACACCUCUACAUUUUCAAAUAACACCGACAAAAUCCCACCCCCCCCCCCCCUCCUCGCCCCCAUCCGCCACCACGCCACCAUCGAACUCGCCUCCAAAAUCAUCGACAGCGAAGACCGCCUCCUAAACACCCUCGCCCACGAGUACUGCCACCUAGCCAACUUCAUCAUCUCCAACGUGCGCAACAAUCCACACGGAGCCAGUUUUAAGCAGUGGGCCGCCAAGUGCGAGAAAGCGUUGAGUGAGCAUCCCGUUUAUGGCUGGGGAGCUGGUGGGAAUGGUAAGGUACGCAUCCGUAUCACGACGAAACAUUCCUAUGUUAUUCACUAUAAGUAUCUAUGGUGUUGUGUGGAGUGUGGGUUUGAGUAUGGGAGACAUUCGAGGAGUAUUGACGUGAAGAAGAGCCGGUGUGGGGAGUGUAAGGUUGGCGCGCUGGUGCAGGUUCGACCGAAACCGAGGGGGGGAGUGGAGAAGAAAAACGCGGUUGGUGAUGGGGCCGUAAAGGGCGUGGGCAAAGGGAUGGGAAUGGGGGCGAUAAAUCGGGCUGUUGAUGGGGUUACUGGGUCUAUGGCGAAUAUCCAUUUAGAGGUGUAG